AUGGCUUCACCUUUGGAGCAGUUUGUGAACAAUGUACGGACGAUAUCUGCAUCAGGAAAUUUUCGUGAAUUGUGUGAAAUUAUAUCCAAGUCCGAUGAGGUACUUCAGAGGAAUGGUGCUCAUUUAAAUACAGUUCUAGAAACAUUGGAUAUACAGCAACAUUCUUUGGGUGUUUUGGCAGUUCUUGUUGCAAAGUUCUCUCUGCCGCAGAGUUCUAAUGAUGUGGACCGGUCAACAAUGUUUCAGCAAAUCUGUGAUUUUAUAAGUAAUUGCAAUGGAGAACAAGUUCGUUUUUGUCCUGAAUUAUAUGCUGAUUUGUGCCACUUGCUUACUGAUCAUUUAGUUGAAUUGAAGCAGCCAAUUCGUGGUAUUGAAAUACUAAAGAAAGCAAUAAGAAAAAUACAAUUAUUUGAUUCCCAAUUAACAUCCAUACAUGCUGAUUUAUGUCAAUUAUGCUUACUCUCAAAGUGUAUGAAACCAGCUCUUGAAUUUUUAGAUACAGAUGUAACAGGGAUAGGAACAGAGCUUGGAGGAAAUAAUGACUCUAAACACUUCUUACUUUACUAUUAUUAUGGAGGAAUGAUAUACGCCGCUCUAAAGAACUAUGAAAGAGCCUUGUACUUUUUUGAAGUUGUUGUUACAGUCCCUGCCAUGGUUGUAUCCCAUAUAAUGCUCGAAGCUUACAAGAAAUACAUUUUAGUUUCACUCAUAUUACAUGGAAAGAUUUUACAAAUGCCAAAGUAUACUUCACAAGUUGUGUGUCGGUUUCUAAAGCCCCUCUCAGUUGCAUACCAUGAUUUGGCUAGAUCACAACAUGCCGCUGUUAAACACAGGGAAACAUUUCUAAGAGACAAAAACAUGGGUCUAGUCAAUCAGGUAAUUAACUCGAUGUAUAAGAAAAAUAUACAAAGGCUUACAAAAACAUUUUUAACUCUAUCACUUAGUGAUGUUGCCUCGAGAGUCCAACUCUCUGGACCUGUAGAAGCCGAGUCAUAUAUUUUGAACAUGAUUGAAGAAGGCGAGAUCUAUGCUAUGAUAAAUCAAAAGGAUGGAAUGGUGGUGUUUCUUGAUAGCCCUGAAAAAUAUGCCUCUCCAGAGACAUUGUGUGUGUUAGAACAACAGAUGGCUGCAUGCACUAAACUACACCAAUACAUACAAGAAAUGGAUGAACAGAUACAAGUUAAUCCUCAGUAUGUUAAGAAAUCAGUUGGGUGCCAUGAUGAAGACAUGCCAGCGACAAGUCAAAACUCAAAAACAACAUAUACUAUGUAA